AUGUCAGGUAGACCGGUUAAACAAGAACAAAAUGCAUAUUAUUUUGAUCAACCAAUUCCUAUUCCAUCAUAUUUGGUUGCAAUAGCCUCAGGUGAUAUCACGAAGGCCCCAAUUGGCCCUAGAUCGCAUGUCUACUGUGAACCAAGUAAGAUAGAUGCCUGCCAAUAUGAAUUUGAACAUGAUAUGGAGAAGUUCUUGACAACAGUUGAAUCGUUAAUUUUCAAAUAUGAAUGGGAUCAGUAUGAUGCAUUGGUGUUACCUUCGUCAUUCCCAUAUGGUGGUAUGGAAAAUCCUAACGUAACAUUCGCUACGCCAACAUUAGUUAGUGGUGACCGUGAAAAUGUGGACGUUUUGGCACACGAAUUAGCCCAUUCUUGGUCAGGAAAUUUAGUUACCAACUGUUCAUGGGAACAUUUCUGGCUUAAUGAAGGUUGGACUGUUUAUUUAGAGAGAAGAAUACAAGGGGCUAUUUAUGGAGAACCAACAAGACACUUUAGUGCUAUAAUUGGGUGGACUGACUUGGAAAAUUCCAUCAAUGCCAUGGGCAAGUCUGCCUCUAGAUUUUCAACUUUGGUGCAAGACUUGAAAGAUCAAUGCGACCCGGAUGAUUCUUUUUCAACAGUACCAUAUGAGAAAGGUUCUAAUUUGUUAUACCACAUCGAGCAAGUGGUAGGUGGAAAAGAGGUAUUUGAUCCAUUUAUUCCAUAUUAUUUCAAGAAAUAUAGGUACAAAUCAUUGGAUACUUACGAAUUUUUGGACACAUUAUAUGACUUUUUCAAAGCUAAGAAGGUUGAAUUAGAUUCAAUUGAUUGGAAUACAUGGCUUUAUAUGCCAGGAAUGCCUCCAGUUAAGCCUAAGUUUGAUAGUACCCUAGUCGAUCAGUGCUACAAUUUAGCUGACAAGUGGUAUAAUGCUAUAGUAAAAGGCAACAAGAAUUACAAAGAAAUUUUCCAUCACAAUGAUGUCAAGAAUUUUAGUUCAAACCAAUCUGUUGUAUUUUUAGACACUCUUACUUCUUUCGACAAGCAUGAAACCUUUAAGUGGUCCGACCACAUCGAUGCGUUACAGGCGAUGAGUGAAAUAUAUUCCAAUUAUUCCAAUUCUUCAAAUGCAGAAGUCGUUUUCAGAUGGUAUGCUUUACAGGUUACUGGUAAAAAUGAGAAGUUCUAUGAUCCUCUUGGUGAAUGGUUGGGAACAGUAGGUAGAAUGAAAUUCGUCAGACCAGGUUAUGUUUUGUUAAAUAGGGCAAAUCGCGAAAAGGCAAUUGCGUAUUUUAAGAAAUUUGAAGCAAGUUACCACCCAAUUUGCAGAUCAAUGGUUAAAAAGGAUUUAGGCUUGAAUUAA